AUGCAAAUUAAAUGGAAUAAUAAACCUCAAAAGCAGACAAGAGAAUUGACGUAUAUUAAAGAGUCGUCACAACUAUGGAUGAAGAAGCUGUUGAAAAGAAUAAACAGUCUUUGCAUCGACUUCAAUUUUACAUUGUGCAAAAAACGUCCAGAACAAGAAAGAAGAAAGAUUUCACUUUAUUGGAAAGAAAUGAGUAGCAUUCGCCAACAGAAAAAAGAUCUCAGGCCAAUUUAUAACAGCAACGACUUACUAAAUUUGAUUACAGAAAUGAGGAAUCCAAACCUAAAGGCGGAUUGUGGCUCUGACCAUUCCCUUCCAGCUCUUCUUCAACUACGUCUAAAAUGGCUUUCAUUUGUUGAUGUAAAGAACAGAUUUGCAACAUUUCUUGAUGCCAUUAUUAACAAAGAACAAGCAGAAAAUGUUUUUGAGGUUUUAGACUCACAGGAAGUCAAAGGCGCGUUAGAAAUCUGUAAAACUGGUUGCCCUCCUGGAAACCGUGGUUCCCUCUGGAAAUUAGCAGUUGGUCUGGACGAGCAGAGAAACAAUCAGAAUUAUUACCAGUACAUGAAAGAUUUGUAUCUUGACUAUGAAAUGAUGAUCGAUUCAAUAAUUGAAGAGGAUAUUGCAGGGACAGUAACAAAUGACGAUCAGUACUUUGUUUUUGAAGAAUUUAUCUACCAAAUCCUCCUGCCUUUCACAAGAGAUCCUCACACAUUUCUUCCUAAUGAAGCAUUUUGGAAAACAUCUACAAAUUUGUAA